AUGGUGACAAAUCAUGUUGCUGAUAAGUGCAUUAGAGUGCUUGAGGAGGAGAUCGUGCACAUGAGGAAAAAUCAAAAGCAAAUUCUUCAGCAACAUGUUGAGGAGAACAGUUACGUCUCUAAAUCUACAGGGGUUGAGCUUGCAGGCAACAUAUCUCCACAUGCAGGGAAUCUCACCUUCUUGAGGUUUCUCAGCCUUGGUGGCAACAGAUUCCAUGGAGAAAUUCCUCGAGAAUUGAGUGGUGAAAUUCAAGGUGGCAUCAGCAAUUGCUCAGAGCUUGCCAACUGCAGCAAUCUGCAACAAUUAUAUUUUGAUGGAAACAAUUUUGGUGGUGAAUUACCUAGCUCCAUUGGCAAAAUGUCUAACCUUGUCCAAUUAGGCCUAGGACGAAAUCCAAAAUCAGGAACAAUCCCAGAAGAGGUAGGGAAUCUUGUCAAUCUGUAUCGAUUAGAUAUGGAUGGAAACCUUUUUUCUGGUAGUAUCCCCAUUUCUUUUGGAAAGCGGCAAAAGCUGGAAAGGCUAACCUUAAAUCACAAUCUACUUUCUAGAGAAAUCCCAGUGUUCCUAGGUCCUUCACACCCAGAAGCUGACAACUUGAAAAGUAUUAUUGCAUUUGAUGUCUCAGAGAACAUACUCUGUGCGGAAAUUCCUAAGACAAUACGCGAUUUUUCAAAGCUAGAAAUCCUUAACAUGCAGGGUAACUUCCAGCAGGGAAACUUCCUGCAGGGACCCAUUCCCUCAUCUUUCGUUUCUUCGAAAGGUCUCCAACGAAUAGAUCUGUCCAGAAACAACUUGUCAGGAAAUAUUACAAAUGAGAAGCUAAUCUUCUUGCAAUAUUUGAAUCUUUCUUUCAAUAAUUUUGAGGGUGAGGUACCAAAAACAGGAGUUUUUAGCAAUGCAAGCGCAUUUUCGCUUGUUGGAAAUAGAGAUCUUUGUGGAGGUAUCCCAGAAUUGCAGCUACCAGAAUGCCCUGGCAAAGAAGAGAAACACAAAAAGCCUUCCAUUGUUACAAUCCUCGCCACAACCAUCAGUUCAAUUCUGUUUGUCAUGAUAGUGAUGUCCUUAUGUGUUUUCUAUUGGCGAAAGUCAAGAAAGAGUCUAAUUUUCUCACCUGUCACAGUGGAUAAGCUUCCUCAAAUUUCAUACAAGGAACUCUUGCAAGCAACUAGCGGAUUCUCUUCAGAAAACUUAAUUGGACAAGGCAGUUUUGGCUCAGUAUAUAAAGUAAUUCUUCAACAGCUAGGAGAAUGUUUUGUGGCUGUAAAGGUGCUCAAUCUUCAGCAACAUGGAGCUUCCAAAGAGCUUCAUUGCUGA